CUCACCUUGGCCGAUGGCACAGUGACCGCUGACCAUGUGGUCAGUGCCCUCCCAGCUGCAGCCCUGGCAGAGGCACUGCCACCCGAGGCUGAGCCGCUGGCCCAGGAGCUCCGACGCAUCCCCAGUGCCACCGUGGCCGUGGUCAACCUGCAGUACGAGGGGGUCACGCUGCCUGUCACGGGCUUUGGGCACUUGGUACCCUCCUCGGAGGAUCCCGCGCUCCUGGGCAUCGUCUACGACUCGGUGGCAUUCCCCGAGCACAACGGCUCGGGGUCACCCUCAGUGAGGCUCACGGUGAUGUUGGGAGGCGCCUGGUUCCGGCAGAGCUUCGGGGACCCCGUGGCAGUGCCCCCCGAGCUGCUGCUGCGGCGAGCGCAGGAGGCCGUGAGGGAUCAGCUGGGCCUGGAGGGGACCCCAACCCGCUCCAUGGUCAGGGUGCAGCAGAACUGCAUCCCCCAGUACACCCUGGGCCACUGGCAGCGCAUAGAACGGAUCAACCAGUUCCUGAAGGAGAAGGAGCUGCCUCUGAGCCUGAUUGGGGCAUCCUACAACGGUGUCUCCGUCAACGAUUGCAUCGCCAGUGCCAAGGCAGCCGUGGGGCAACUCUUGGGGUCACCCCCCUGA